AUGAAAAAAGAAAAAAAUAAUUACGAAAUGAUAGAAAAAAUUUAUAAACAACUUAACGAGAAAUAUAACUGUAACGAACUAUUUUUGGAAGGGUUUACUUCUGAACAAAUUUUUUAUCAGUCGGAAAAGUUAUGUAAUACGGUAUUAGAGAAUAAUCAAAAGAAAAUUGACAAAAUGUAUAAGAAAUAUUUGUUACUAGAAAAUAAUAAAAUUCAAGACAAAGGUUACAGAGAAAACCAAACUGCUUGUGUAAAAAAGGAUGACAAUCUUCAAUUAGAAAAUUCUGAUAAUCUUGAAAAUGAAGAUUCUUCACAAGACAAUUUAUUAACUGAAGAUAUUUCAAUAGUCAAGGAAUUUAAAUCUGAUAGUUCAGAAGACUUUGAAAGGCAAAAAAAAUUACUUGAAGAAGACGAAUCGGAUAUUUCAGAGGAAGAUGAGGAUACGCUGUCAGACGAGGGCUCAAUCGAAGAUAUUGAAGAUUUGAAAGACAUUCCUGCAUCAGAGUUAUUUAAAAAAUUGGAUAAAAACAUAAAAAAAUAA